AUGGACACCGAGGACGGGCAGUUCUUCAUAAAGAACCUCGCCCACUUUGUACGGACACACGAAAAGGCACUGGCAAACGCUCUUCAGUUACGCCGACAACAGACACCAAAAAAUGCUUUGGCUCAGGGCGUGUCUGGAGCAGUGGGAAGUCCUGUCGUUCCACCGUCGCCUACUGUGACGAAUCCUCCAAAUUCAGCUUCAUCUGCCACUACCUCGAGUACCCUCGCAGCCGCCCUUUCCCUCCCAUACCUGACGUUCGCCUCACAUAAUAUCAAGCCUGCAAAAUUGGCUCUCACACCCCAUCACCUGUUUUACCUGUUGUCUCGGUUCGAGGACCUUGGCAUAACUGUAGGUCCUAUGAACGUCCGGCUGGAGAAUUUACAUGCGGACACCACCUCAGCAAAUUAUGUGUCUUUCUUAGGUCAAUCUCAACGGCCGAAAGGUCGUAGCUCUGAUAAUGCAUCCAUCCACUCGGUUUCUAGCGUUAGAAGUGUAAUGUCGGGCAUGACAAGUUUAUGGUCAAACUUUGGCCUUGGAUCCGGCGGCGCCGCAGCACGAACUGAAAAACAGAAAGCGGCCAUUGAAGCAGAUCUCAAAUACCUUUACUCGGCCUUCACCAAAAUUCCCUGUCUUCGACUUGCACCCGAUCGCCGAGCACGACUCAUCGAGGGUUUUGAAGAGUUCCCAUUCGACUCAGCAGUCCCACUAUAUGCAUUCAAGAACAUCAGUGCUCUCGAGAUUAGCGACAUUGAUUUCCGGCAAUUCUUUGGAUGGGACCGACUUGCAGAACAACUGAGAUCAUUGACGGUCAAGCGUGCAUCUAUUGAUGAUCCAGCAGAUUUACUCAUAAAUAUUGUGCUUGACGACAUGGAUAAGCGACGGCGCCGUUCUUCGAAAGCCCAAAUGUCUCCUACCUCUACCUGGGCUGCACCGGCCAGCCCCAAAAGAAGUCCUACAAUUCCGCAUGCCGAAUUAGUGAAGUCCAAUUCUGCACCCGGAUCUCCUGACCAGCGAGCACACAUCGAAGAGGAGAUGAAUUCGAGGAAUGCAUCACUCGUACGGUCUGGCUCCGAUGGCGCGAAAUCGCCCAAGAAGUCACGCCCUAGAAGCAACUCUCCUAUGAGGCCAAAUAGCUCACGAACCGGUUCAGCACAUGGGCAUCUGAGGGGGUCGUACAAAGUGAAGAGGUCAGGAUCUGGAAGCUCGCAUUCGAGCAUGUCAGACGGAUGGCACAAUUCCCGUGGCAGCUCUUCAAAUCUCCUCUCUAUGGGUGUACUACCAUCAUCAAAGUGGAGGUUUCUCAAACAUCUUAGUCUCGCGGAUAAUGGUCUCACAACAAUAUCUGCGGCUAGUUUGGCACCACUCGCAAAUACACUACAUUCUCUCGACUUGUCUUCGAAUCUUUUCGUACAGAUUCCGGACUGUCUUGCUUCUUUGACUGCUCUGCGCGCUCUGAACUUGUCAAAUUGCAUGAUUGAAUCUCUACAUUCUCUUACUCGAAACCCUCUUCCUGCCAUAUCUGCUCUGAAUCUCCGUUCGAAUCGAUUGAUUUCUAUUGCCGGGGUUGAACGGCUUUACCCACUUGAAAGACUUGAUCUAAGAGACAACAAGAUGACAGAUCCAACAGAGUUAGCAAGACUGACAGGCAUUCCAGAGCUCAGAGAAAUCUGGGUGACAGGCAAUCCAUUUGUCAAGACACAUGGUAGUUACCGUGUUACCAUUUUUAAUCUUUUCAGAAAAACCCCCGGAUAUACGGAGGAUAUUCUUAUCGAUACUUAUGCUCCUGGCUAUAGCGAGAGGCGUCAUUUGGUGGAACGUGCGGCCGAACGAGUAAACGUUCCUGUCGUAAGGUCAGUCCCAGAUUAUGGUUUGAACUCGGUCGAGGUUAGCAAACCAAUUAUCGACUAUCCGGCAACCCAAGAGCCAACAGUCCUCCGAAAGGAUAGGCCUCGACCAGCAGCCACACAUAGCGAGGUGAACACUGCAUCUAGUGGUGGGCGAAGAAGGACGCCGAAGCGGAGGAUCGUGGAUCUGUCAACCUCAGAUACCUCGCCAACUAAACAGCCACAAACGGUUCGGUUCUCGAUGGAAGAUACAUCACCCCCGCCUGCUCCGGUUGAUAGUGGCUACGAAGCUAGUCCUGAACCCUCUCCUCGAACCGUCUCAUCGUACAUAGCCCCGGAACCUCGUCAGAGACAGACACAAGCCGACGUGCCGAGGAUAGAUACUUCAGGCGUACCUCAGUUAGCCCCUGUCCAGACGAAGGCCUACGAGGCUCCUGUUGUGAAAGGUCAGAACCCCAAAGAUUCACAAGACUGGAAAGUUGGUGGUGAGAUGUAUAGAAAGAAGUUGGAAGCGCUUCGAAAUGAAGUUCCCAACGGAUGGCUCAGUGUGCUGAGUGAGGAAGGUUGGGAAACCCAGAAGAAUUCGCAGUCUCAAGGAUUCACCGUUGCAGACUUUGCUCCGCCGAAUACAAUUCGACCUAGUCCAGCCACAACUCGGGCCAACAGUCAGCAAACGAUACAUAGUGGUCGAACACUUGGAUGA